UCCAUCGCCAUUAGAGGAGCUCUCCUCCUCCAUCAUUCUUCAAGGAGAGAGCUCCUCCAUUUGCUUCUCUCCUUCGUCUUUAGAUCCGUUUGAUCGGAGAGGGCUUUAGGGAUUUGGGAUCGUUGCCAAUGGAGAAGAAGAGGAGGUACGCCUUGUUGCUUUGCGCCGAGGAUUCGGACUAUGUGAAGAAGGUCCACGGUGGGUACUUCCAGGUGUUUGUGCGGCUGCUUGGAGACGAAGAGGAGGAGUGGGACUUGUUCCAGGCGGCGUGCGGGGAGCUACCCAGGGGGGAUGAUGAGAUUGGUAUGUAUGAUGGGUUUGUUAUCACCGGCAGCUGCAACGAUGCACAUGGAGAUGAUCUGUGGAUCGGUGACCUUGUACGCCUCUUGAAGAGGCUUGAUUCUUUGGAGAAGAAGGUCCUCGGCAUUUGCUUUGGACAUCAGAUACUAUGCAGAGCAUUGGGUGGAAAGACAGGCAGGGCAAAGAAAGGAUGGGAUAUAGGGUUAACUACCAUCCACCUUUCCCUCUUCCACCAGUACCUCCCCUCUCCAAACACCCCUGCUUCUCUCUCUGUGAUAGAGUGCCACCGUGAUGAGGUAUUUGAGAUUCCUCCGAAGGCAGAGGUGGUGGCAUGGUCAGAGAAAACAGGUGUUGAGAUUUUCAGGCAAGGAGACCACAUCAUGGGCAUCCAAGGCCACCCUGAGUACACUAAGGACAUCCUUUUGCACCUCAUUGACCGCCUUCUUCAGCGCAACCUCAUCCAAAGCUACCAUGCGGAAAUAGGAAAGGCGAGCAUUGAAGGCCGAGAGCCGGAUAGAGAGGUAUGGAAGAAGCUGUGCAAGGAUUUCCUCAAGGGGUGACUAAUAUGAUUAAGAAAUUUUAUACCAUGGUAUAUGUAUCCAUGUGUGUGUAUGGUUAAUUUAGCCAGAAAUUCACCAUUAGAUAUUGUUCCAAGUAUUUGUACAUAUUCAUUCUAGUGGAUGAGGGUGGGAAUUUGUUGGAGCCAAUUCACAAGUUUCUCGGAUUGAUUAUGUAUGAAUGGUGAGUUUUGAGGAUGCCACAACCCACUGAAUAAGUCUCACAGAUCUCAUUGAAGUGUUUGUCUUGGUUUUAGUUUACUAAAUCAUUUACAAUCACUUUGAUUUUA